AUGUAUCAAAAGGAUUUCUAUGGAAUGUCGAACAUAAACGAUUAUCUCAACUUGAGUAAACUAGGCGAAGGAACAUUCGGUACCGUUACCAAAUGCAAACAAAAAAAAACUGGUAAAUUGGUGGCUCUUAAAAAACUAAUAGUUCAUAAAAAAGAUGAUGGCUUUCCCUUGACUUCACUAAGAGAAAUCACUAUUUUAAAAAAAUUAAAACACAAAAAUAUAAUCCACGAAAAUAAUAACGAAAACUCCAAUAACUCGAUACCUGGUGUCUUUUACAUGGUAACUCCUUACAUGUCAAGUGAUUUAACCGGCUUACUACAAAAUCCUAGAAUCACUCUAAAUGAAAAUGUCAAAAAAUGUUUCAUGAUCCAGCUACUAGAAGGUUUAAACUAUCUACAUCAUCAAAAAUUAUAUCAUAGAGAUAUCAAAGCUGCAAACCUAUUAAUCGAUUAUAAUAACGUCCUUAAAAUUGCCGAUUUUGGUUUAGCUAGACACUACAAAGGUGAUCUACCUAGAGACAACCAUGCUUCAACAACUACUUGUAAAUACACUUCUUUAGUGGUCACAAGAUGGUAUAGAGCUCCAGAAUUAUUAUUCUUUGACUCUCUAUACACAACAGCAAUCGAUUGUUGGGGUGUAGGUUGUGUCUUUGGUGAGUUAUAUUACAAAAAACCAAUACUUCAAGGCGCUUCAGAUAUGGACCAAGGAAUUAAAAUAUUCGAACUAAUGGGCUUUUCAAAUGAUAAUAAAAAAUUAUUAGACUACUACUCAAAACUUCCUAAUCCAAAUAAAAUCAUCUUAACAACAUAUCAAAGUAAUCUCAAUGAUUUCUUUAAACCCUUUGCACUAUCCAAAAAUGCUAUCGAUUUAUUAUCAAAACUACUAGAUUUGAAUCCUAAAACAAGAUAUAACUGUGAAGCAGCUUUAAAUCAUCCUUAUUUUAAAGAAUACCCUUUACCUUCAAAACCAUAUGACUUUAAAUCCUUUGAAGAGUCUCAUGAAAUGGACAUUAAAAGAUAUAAUGAAGAAAAA